AUACACAGGGAUGACCUACCUCGCCCAGUCUGCCGGAAAUCGUAAAUAGGAGAUCAAGGAGAAGACCGUAUCAUGAUGGUCUGAUUAAAACCGUGUUUUUGCACUAACUGUUAUUAUACAUGUUUUAUUUUUAAUUUACAUAUUUUUGUUGUAAAGCAGAGUACACAUUAUUAAUUCCUCACGUCAGGAUAAACUUGUAUCAGCGAACAUUGAAGCUUCUCGUGCUAGCUUAGCUUGCUAGCUGCUAACAAAGGGACUCGGAAGUGUUGCUGCUGUCGUGUAAAAAUGUGUAAAGUACAAAUGCUGAGAGCGUUGGUGAAUCAGCGACUAACUGCGGCUGUUGAAGAAAUAUUUGUAGUGUUAGAAAGAACGAUAGCAGAGUACGAGGAGGAACUUUCUCGAACCAAAGAGGAGAACGAGCGACUACUGGCCGCUGUUUUCAAGAAGCCUCCGGGUGUGUCACACGGAGCAGACAUCCAGCACAUUAAAGAGGAAGAGAAGAUCGAAGGGCUGGAGGAGGCUGAGGACACCAAGGUGCCAUCCAUUCAUGUCAUUGUGAAGAGCGAAGAUGAUGAAGACGAAGGUGAAAGUGAGGAGAAUACAGAGGUGGAGCCCCCGAGCAGCAGCUCAACUCAACACAUGACAACAGAAGCUGAUGGAGACCACUUUGGAGUAUCACAAGCAGACAACCUCUUUGCUCCGCUAUCAGAUAGUGACGACACAACGUCACGCUCUUCUGACACUGAUGAUGAAGACCCUAAAGCUGCAACGACAUGUCACACUGGCAGCUCACGCUUCAAGUGCUCUCAGUGUGACAAAACCUUUAAUGACCGUAGCAAUCGGAAAAGACACAUGAGAUGUCACACGGGAGAGAAACCAUUCCUGUGCUCAGUUUGUGGUCGGCAGUUCUCACAGAAGGUACAUUUGACGACACACACGAGAACACACACCGGAGAAAAACCUUUUUCCUGUUCUGUGUGUGCUCUGCGUUUUGUGCGCAAUCAACAUUUGAAAAUACACAUGAGAACGCACACUGGAGAAAAACCUUUCACCUGCUCAGUCUGCGGUGCAGGUUUUCUACGAAAACAAGAUUUGAAAAAACACAUGAGCUCGCACACCGGAAAGAAACCUUUUCUUUGCUCAAGCUGCAACAAAAGCUUUUGUGACCGAACAACGCUUGUAAAGCACAUGAGAACACACGCUGGUGAGGAAGUGUUGAGUUGCAGUGUGUGUGGUGAAAUAUUCUCUCACACGUACCAACUCAACAGUCAUAAGUGUGAUGGUGAGAGUAGCAGCAGUAAAUGAAGCCGUCUAACACCACAUAUACAGUAACAUGUGUGACGUGUGUGUAACACAAUCUUGUUAAUUUGCUUCUAUCAUUUAAAUGAAAUAAAAAAUUUAAAAACUG